AAAUUACUUACCUCAUUUAUGCUCUUAGCUUUAGACUUGUAAGAAUAUGCCGACCAUUCAUACAUUUUCAUUCGUGGCUUCUCGGGGCACGUAAGACUAAUUACAAAAUCAGCCACCUCACAUUCACCUUUCCCCAACAACUCUACAAAGUGAACCGGAGAAAAAGGGGAAAGAAAGAAGGAAAAAAACGAACCUAUAAAUUCCCUUCUAGGACAGACAUAUACCAAAUCAAAAGGAACCAUGGAAGAUCCGAAGGUUGUAGCUGAAGAUCCGAAAUCCACAAAACCCAGAGUCGUAUGUUGCAUCGGUGAUGUUCAUGGUUACAUGGACAAGCUCCAAAGACUCUGGGCCAAUCUUGAAACCUUCAUUGGCCCGUCUGAUUUCCAGACCGCCCUUAUAAUUUUCUUGGGGGAUUAUUGUGACAGAGGUCCUGAUACUCGCAGAGCCAUCGAUUUCUUGAUAUCUCUGCCCACAAAAUACCCAAACCAAUCUCAUGUCUUCCUAUGUGGGAACCAUGACCUUGCAUUUGGGGCAUUUUUGGGGGUCCUCCCAAGCCCACCGGAUGGUUCCCCGUUCUCGGAGACUUGGAAGGAGUAUGAUAUGUAUGAGGAGAAGGAAGGCUGGUAUAAGGGUGAGGGAUUUGAGAAUAUGCAUUUGCAAGGUAGGAGAUGGGCUGGGAAUCAUACUGAGAAAUUCAAUGCUGCAAAGGGGACUGAGUACAAGGGCUCAAUUUAUGAUGCUGCUCCCACAUUCCAAUCCUAUGGAGUUCCACAUGGAUCCGCUGAUUUGAUGCGUGCUGUUCCUGAGGACCACAAAAAAUUUAUAGCUGAUUUGGUUUGGGUCCAUGAGGAGGAUAAUGUGAGCAUAGAGACAGAGGAAGGAAUAAAAAACUGUAGAUUGAUUGCUGUGCACGCUGGGUUAGAGAAAAAUAGAGAUGUUGAGCAGCAAUUGAAAUCUUUGAAAGCCAAGGACACAAGGAUUCCCAAAGUGCAAGCUCUGAGUGGGAGGCAAAGUGUCUGGGAAAUUCCCCUGGAACUCACUGAAACACCUACCAUCGUAUUAAGUGGUCAUCACGGGAAGCUUCACAUAGAAGGCCUGAGAUUAAUAAUAGAUCAAGGUGGAGGACUGGAGAGUAAUCCAGUAGCUGCAUUGAUACUUCCCUCCAGAAAAAUUGUGCGGGAUACUGAUGAUUAAACUCUGCGAUGAAUCAUUUAUCUAUAAAUUUUUAGGAGGGACAUGGAUAAUACAGUUAAGAUUGUCGUAAGUGGGAAUGCACUCGACGUUACCCAAGCCAAAGGCGCGAUUGAUAAUGUUUUGAACGAGAUUCAGUAUCUUGGAAAUGCUAUUAAGGUUGCAAGAGGUAGUUUUUGUUUCUAAACUAAAAUUUGAAUUUCUGAUCUUUUAUGUAUAGUUAUGUGUAUCAUUUGAUUUUUUAAUCUUUGAUGUUCCUAUAUGUUUUGCGGGAGAUGUAUCCCCAUGGAUGUUUCCAAUCUAUGACCACUUUUAGUAUGUUCGCAAUUACUUUCGGACGAUUUUCACAUCGACACUAUUAUGCUAAUUUCCGCCUUCCUAUCCUCAAAAGCUUUUUUCAC